AUGGGUGCGACUAUAUCCACCUGUUGGGGAGCUAUGCCCUUCACUGCAGAGCUCUUCCCUCCAAGCCCAGCUACAUAUAACCCUAUUAUAUGCGGCUUCCAAUACUUCCCCCUGAUCACGGUAAUUCAAUGGAUAUUGUCCUGGCACCCAGCAGGAAAAACAUCCUCGCAGUCCAUCUUCAACAUCCCAGGACGUAUCGCCUGGUCUGCCAUGGAGCUUGUCGGUCCUAUCAACUUGAUAUAUAGCAUGGUCACCCCAUCGCCAUAUGCACCGUCAUUCACUGAUCUCCCCAUGUCCAACAUCCUUGUUGUGACUCUGUACUGCACUCAUUAUUUCAACCGCGCCAUCAUCUCCCCUUUCUUCUCCGCCCCCAGUAUGUCCCCAAUCCAUGCCGCCAUCAUGUCCUUCGCCAUGCUCUUCAAUUGGUUCAAUUCAGCCUGUCUGGCCGGCUGGUUGCGUGGAUAUACUGUGCCGACCAUUCCAAGCUUCCACGCAACCAGUAGCGGAAGUCCAUCUCCCCGCCCUGCGGUGGUAGAUAUCCUCCCCAUCGUGGGCUUGAUCUUGUUUGCCAUCGGAAUGGCUGGCAACAUUUACUCAGAGACAACACUAUUCCGGCUUCGUCGCGAAGAAGCCGGAAGGUGUGCUGCCAAAAAGACAGAUGAUGAAACAUUGGCCGGAGGCGAAGCACGGGGCAACCGCAACAAGUUCCACAAGGUCUACGUCAUCCCACCUGCCAGUGGUGUCUUCCGAUACAUCUUGUAUCCGCACUACGUCUUCGAGUGGCUCGAAUGGAUUGGGUUCGCUCUCGUUGGUACGGCGGUUGCCCCAUUCUCCGCCCUCCCUGCCGCUGCCUCAUCUUCCGUGGCCAUCACUCCCCCGCUGCGUCUUGCACCUUGGUUGGUGCCUGCUGCGUGGGCGGCUGGUAAGCUCGCUGUGCCGCUACCUUUGCCUGCUGUGAUAUUCGUUGCAAAUGCGAUCACGAAUAUGUUACCCCAUGCGCGCUGGGGACGGAAGUGGUAUGUUGAGAAGUUUGGGGAGAAGGCUGUUGCUGGAAGGGGCGCUGUUGUCCCUGGAUGUGUGUGGAUGUGA